AUCUCUACGCUGAUGACACACAUCAAAUCUAUCUCUCUACCCCUCACCCCCCCAGUCUCCACUCGUAUCACUAGCCUAUUAAGUGACAUAUCGGAUUGGAUGUCACUCCACUUCCUCAAACUAAAUCUUUCCAAAACUGAGCUCCUAGUAUUCCCCCCAGCCCGUGCCCCCCCCCCCCCCGACUUCUCCAUCAAGAUCAACAACACUAUUAUCAGUCCCUCCACUCCUCCGCAACAUCUCCAAGAUACGACCGUUCCAAACCUCGGAAACCACUAAGCAACUCAUUCACUCCCUUGUUAUCUCUCGCCUUGACUAUUAUAACUCCCUCCUCAUUGGCCGACCUCAUCGCAGGCUAUCCCCCUUCCAGUCUAUCAUGAAUGCUGCUGCCAGACUCAUCCACCUUACUAACCGUUCUGUAUCUGCCACCCCUCUCUGCCAAUCCCUCCACUGGCCUCCACUCAGUGUCCUCCACCCCUCUCUGCCAAUCCCUACAUUGGUCUCCACUCGGUGUCCUCCACCCCUCUCUGCCAAUCCCUCCACCAGCCUCCACAUAGUGUCCUCCACCCCUCUCUGCCAAUCUCUCCACUGGUCUCCACUCGGUGUCCUCCACCCCUCUCUGCCAAUCCCUCCAAUGACCUCCACUCAGUGUCCUCCACCCCUCUCUGCCAAUCCCUCCACCAGCCUCCAUUCAGUGUCCUCCACCCCUCUCUGCCAAUCCCUCCACCAGCCUCCACUCAGUGUCCUCCACCCCUCUCUGCCAAUCCCUCCACCAGCCUCCAGUCAGUGUCCUCCACCCCUCUCUGCCAAUCCCUCC